AUGGAGAACGCCCCGGAACAGUACGAUGAUACUAAUCGCGCAUUUCUUCAAGCAUUAUUAGCGCGUGGCACUUUGAAUCUUGAAGAAGGCAAAGAUUUACUCGCCCAUAUUUUCACAGUUCAAGAUGAUGGAAGAGUUACUUCAGCAGAUGAUGUCACAAAGGAUGACUUAAACUCCUACAUAUCCAAAGCAGCUGAAGCCCUCUCGCCGUUCGAUUACGAGAUUAGAAGCAUGAGGCAUCAGCGAACAAAUGAACAAAUCUGGGCUCUUGUCAACAGUACCAGCGAUCCCCUCACUCAGAUUGCGACCACUUUUACAACGGAGGAGAUGUUCUACAUUAAGCGGUUGUUGGAUGCUAUGUUUGAAUCAUACAAUACCAAGGGAAAGGAGGUCAUGGCUAUAACCAGUACACAGGCUAUACACUCAUCAGUUAUUGGAGGCUCCGGCCGGCAGAGCAUAGGUGACGCCGACAUGCAAACAAUAGAUAACGGUGUGAGGAGAGGCGAAGCCGAGAAGGUAUUGGAAGGUCUGGUAGCGCAGGGGUGGUUCGAACGAAGCGAUCGAGGGUUUUAUUCUCUGUCACCCCGCGCAAUUCUAGAGCUUCGAAGCUGGCUUGUCGAUACAUAUAACGACUCGGACGAUCCGGAUGAGUGGCAGCGCAUAAAAAACUGUGAAGCAUGUAAAGGAAUUGUUACGGUUGGCAUGAGGUGUUCGAGGAGAGAUUGCAAUGUGCGACUACAUAAGAUCUGUCAUCCUGCGUAUUUUAGAUCACGUCCUAACCAGAAUUGUCCAAAAUGCGAAACUGAGUGGGAUGGAAAGCAUUACGUUGGAGAGAAAGCGGUCACAUCAACAGAAGAUAACUUGAGAGAGAAGCGGAGAAGUGGCGCUUCCUCGCAAAGGAGAAGAGCCCCUGUUGAGGAGGAAGGAGAAGAGGGCGAAGAAGAGGACGGACAGUAA